ACAACACAUCGGCAGGACCCUUUAUACUGCUGUCAUAUACAUUUACUGUCAGUUCCGACAUCUUGGGACCAGGCAGGAAUCCUCGCACUACAAAGGCUUCACGUCCGGUAGUGUGGUGCGGGAAUCCCGUUUUAAAAAUGGCGCAGGCGGUAUCAUCGUCUGGACACGUCGCCAUGGAGAUGAAACACAACAGUCAUGGCGGAAGGGAAGGAUGCAGCAGAGGCACUUGUGUCUGAUCUCCAAAAAAGAAUUACAGAAGCGUUUGAAGUUUUUGACCAUGAAAGCAACAAAACUGUAGAUGUCAGGGAGAUCGGGACAAUCAUUAGGUCCUUAGGAUGUUGUCCAACUGAAGGUGAACUCCAUGACAUGCUUGCAGAGAUAGAGGAAGAAGAGCCUACAGGGUACAUCCGAUUUGAGAAGUUUUUACCGAUGAUGACAAAAGUGUUACUUGAGAGAAGGUAUCGGCCAAUACCAGAAGAUGUUCUUCUGCGAGCAUUUGAGGUUUUAGAUGAAAAGAAAAAGGGAUUCCUAACUAAGGAAGAACUCAUCAAAUACAUGACUGAAGAAGGAGAACCUUUCACACAAGAGGAAAUGGAAGAAAUGAUCUCCGCUUCUGUGGACCCAGACAAGGAAAUAGUUCCUUACAAAGAAUAUGCUGCAAUGAUGGUUGUAGAAGAUUACUGACCUAAAUAACUUAAAAUUACAUGUGUCACAUCACAAUUUUUCUUAAGGAAAAAUAAUGCAAACCAUGUUGUAACAAUUGAAACAUAUCUGUUGGCAAUGGUUGCUUACACCUUUUUUCCCCAAUAGUGAAACACUGAAGUUGUAUUGUGAAUAGCAGUAAUUUUACAAUUUCACCGUGACUCAGCACUAUGGAAACCUAUCCGAAAUGUGCCAUUGUUAAGAAAUGUUUGAUUUCUUUUUUGUCAUUUUAUAUUUUUUGAUCUAAUAUAUUGAUGAAUGGAAUAAAAUAGUUGCCUGACCUGGUACAAAUUGUGCCUCCACUAAUUAAGCCUUUUUUCUUUUGAAGGACUGCUCUAGCCAGAAUAAGUUGUUGGCUAGGCCUCACCAGUGGUAGCAAUUAUUGUCAAAAUAAAAAAAUAUAUAUAUUAAUUUUAUCUGUCUCCUGAACCCAGUAUAACUAUACAGAGGUGUUUGAAAUUCAGUUCUUUAACAUGUUACUGGUAAAAAUGAUAAAUAAAUCAUACUAACCUACCCCAGUCUUCUGCAUCUUCUGGUCCGGUGACUUCUGGUUCCCUAGUGGUCUCUGCUUGUUCCUUCUUCCAAGAUGAGCAGUGUCAACAGGACCUACAUGCUCAGUCAAUCACUGCUGGGCUUGAUUGACAGCUUAGACUGCUAAGUGCAUUGUACUCGAUGCUUUUCAAUUUUUUUGAGUAAAUAUUCUGAGUUUGAAUGUCUAUACCUUACCAAUAUUU